UCAAAACAAGCUUGGCGAGGGAAGGAAGGAAGGAAGGAGGGAAGGAGGGAGCCAAGCUGGCCAGCGGCGGAGGGAGUGUGUCUGAGAUGGCGACUGUGCUGUCGAGACGGCUGGGGAAGCGUUCCUUGCUGGGGGCCCGCAUUUCGGCCCCCCCUUUGCUUGGGGACGGGGUGUUGGGAGCUCCCCAGGCGGUGCACCCCUUGCCAUUGGACCACCACAACAAGGGAUCUCCUCCGUUGCUUGGGUCGUACGACGAGAGCCACUUUGCAGAGGCCAAAGGACACGGAGAUCCACAUCAGAGCUGGCCGACACUGCUUCCGGGCCAAAAGGUGGGUGUCUUUUGCAGCGAGCAAGAUCAAACCGGCUUGAUGGAGCAUCAUGACUGUGCCAGCGACGAAGUGAAAGCCUUGCUCCCCGAAAACAGAUUCCCCAUCUGCCGCAAAGUGGAGGAAGUGCAGACGGCGGAGGCCCCGAUGUUGCGCAUGCCAGCCUUGGAUGCUCAGCAAGCCAUAACCACGACAUUGGGAUUUGGCACCAUUCCCAUGUCCACGGAGGAUUGCCCGGCCACCGUGAAUGCCGCCGUGGUGUCGGCUCUGAGAUCCGUGUCCCAGAAUAUCGAUGUACCUAAAAGGAAAUCAGAUGCUGCAGUUGAGAUGGAUGAAAUGAUGGCUGCCAUGGUCUUAACCAGCUUGUCCUGCAGCCCGGUGGUGCAAAGUCCACCCAGUAGUGAUCCCAGCAUCCCAGCCUCCCAAGCCUCCUGCGACGUCUGGAAGGAGAGCGGUGACUUGUCCGACGGCGGGAGCAGCACCACCAGCGGCCAUUGGAGCGGCAUCUCGACCCCUUCGCCCCCGCACUCGGAGCCCAGCCCCAAAUACUCCAGCGAGGCCCUUAGUUCUCCAAGGACUGACGAUGGGUUCGAGACGGACUCAGACCCCUUUCUCUUUGAGGAGCCGGCUCCGCGGAAAAGAAAGAACUCGGUGAAGGUGAUGUACAAGUGUUUGUGGCCCAAUUGUGGCAAAGUGCUCCGCUCCAUUGUCGGGAUCAAAAGGCACGUGAAGACGCAACAUCUGGGGGAUGGUGCCAACUCUGACCAGAGGAAGCGGGAGGAAGAUUUCUACUACACCGAGAUGCAGGUCAAGGAGGAGGUGCCCCCGGAGCCCCCCGCCACCAUCCCCAGCCCUUCCGCUGCCCCCUCCUCCUUUGCCGGAUCCUCUCCUAUCAUCAUCCAGCCAGCUCCUUCCCAGCCAGAAGCUAUUGUUCUGGAUCAGACUGCCUCUUUGGAGCCUCAUCUGUCCAGCAGCGCCCUCAGCCAGUCGGCCCCCAGUUCUUUCUGGCACAUCCAGGCUGACCACGCAUACCAGGCUUUGCCCUCCAUCCAGAUCCCGGUGUCUCCGCACAUAUUCACCAGCAUCAGCUGGGCGGCCGCCACGUCCACCAUCCCUACCCUCUCGCCGGUCCGAAGCCGGUCCUUGAGUUUCAGCGAGCCGCAGCCGACCCCACCUUUGCCCCCUCCGGUGCCGAAAUCCCACCUGAUCGUCGCGUCUCCCCCUCGGGCCCCCAGCGGAACCAGGAAAGUCCGUGGUGAAGCCAAGAAGUGCCGCAAGGUUUACGGCAUCGAGCACCGGGACCAAUGGUGCACCGCCUGCCGGUGGAAGAAAGCCUGCCAGCGGUUUUUGGACUGAGCGCACCGGCGAGCAUGCGCAGAGCGCAUUUUCAUGUAUAUAUAUAUGCACCCAAAUACACAGCGGGAAAGCCAGAGAGAGAGCUCUUUCGCGCCAUCGUUCAAGAGCGCAUGGCCGGACUUCUUCCAUGCGGCCCGCCUUGGAAGCCAUACCUUGCGUGGUCCCGAGGUCUGUACAGUCUUCACCUGCCAGGUUUUCUAAUGUUCCUUGUUUCGUGGGAAUAUUUUCCCUCUCUCUUUUUUUUUUUACACAUUUUCCUUGUUUUAUACAAAAUGCACACACACAGAGAACACACACACACAUGUACACGAAGCCUCCCGGUCUUUCUUUUGUAAAUAAGUGGGGCAAAGGAGCACAAAGAGAAGACAAAGGAAGUGGUCGGAGGACAUUAUGGACUUCUCUCUCACGGUCGGUCCAGGGACCAAAGAACUUUGAGGCUCUUCCCUUGCUCAGUGCGGAUGAGUUUGGAUCGGUGCUUGUAGUAUGGAGCAUAGGAGCAUUUCCGGCUUUCUUGCAAUUGCUUGGCGAUUAAAAAAUAAGGAACCAUUUGGGCACAAAGGGGAAGGAAACAGAUGGGUCAGCUAUUUGGGGGUUUGGAGUCAUUGACUUGCUCCCAGGGACUUUUCACGCUGCAGUCGGCUCUCUGCAUUUGCUGAUUGUAACUUUUGCAGAUUUGAUUUUGAUAUGGUCCCUCUAGGAAUCUUUUAAGUCCUCCGUAGAAUUGUGCUGGAGGGCCUAGAGAUUUCCUAGAGGGAAAAUAAAUCUCUAGGGAUCUCUAUGGACCUUUUUGUAUCUUCCACUCCUUUCAGUUGUGUUGUUAUGAUCGCAAACAUAUCCUUAAGUCUACCUAGUGAAGUAUAUGGUGCUUCGGGAGCAUAUAUUCUUAAACAAUAUCAGCAAGGCAACAUUCUGCAAGCCAUCACCGGAUGCUUUAGGGCAACAUUUCUCAACCUUGGGUUCAGGACCCCUGGGGGGGUCAUGAGGGGCUGUUAGAGGGGCCACAACUUGAUCCGGAUGCUUUAGGGCAGCAUUUCCCAACUUUGGGGUCGGGACCCCUGGGGGGGGGUCAUGAGGGGCUGUUAGAGGGGCCACAACUUGAUCCGGAUGCUUUAGGGCAGUAUUUCUCAACCUUGGGGUCGGGACCCCUGGGGGGUUAAUGAGGGGGUGUCAAAGGGGUCACCAAAGACCAUCAGAAAACACCGUAUUUUUUGUUGGUCAUGGGAGUUCUCUGGAAAGUUUGGCCAAAUUUUAUCAUUGGUGAGAUUCAGAAUGCUCUUUGAUUGUAGGUGAACUAUAAAUCCCAGCAACUACAACUACCAAAUGUGAAGGUCUAUUUUCCCCAAACUCCACCGGUGUUCACAUUUGGGCAUAUUGAGUAUUUGUGCCAAGUUUGGUCUAGAUCUAUCAUUGUUUGAGUCCACAGGGCUCUCUUGAUGUAAGUGAACUACAACUCCCAAACACAAGGCAAUGCCCACCAAACCCUUCCAGUAUUUUCUGUUGGUCUUGGGAGUUCUGUGUGCCAAGUUUGGUUCAGUUCCAUUGUUGGUUGAGUUCAGAAUGCUCUUUGAUUGUAGGUGAACUAUAAAUUCCAACAGCUACAACUCCCAAAUGACAAAAUUAAUCCCCCACCUCCCCAAUAUUCAAAUUUGGCUGUAUUGGGUAUUUGUGCCAAAAUUGGUCCAGUGAAUGAAAAUACAUCCUGCAUAUGAGAUAUUUACAUUAUGUUCCAUAACAGUACCAAAAUUAUAGUUAUGAAGUAGCAACGAAAAUAGUGUUAUGGUUGGGGUGUCAUUCCAUUGUUGGUGGAGUUCAGAAUGGCCUUUGAUUGGAAGUGAACUAUAAAUCCCAGCAAUUACAACCCCCAAAUGACAAAAUCAACCCCAACCCCUCCAGUAUUCAAAUUUGUGUGUUAUGAAGUAGCAACGAAAAUAAUGU